AACUUACUAACACAAGAUGGCGACCUUCUGUCAAACCGCAACAUAAAACGCAUUGCUGCGCUAUUUGAAUUCAUGCUGCAAAAUGACCAUUUAUUGACGGAAUAAAUAAGUUAUGAUUAGCUGUGAAAAUGGAGCAAAUAGUUGUAAAAACUGAAGUGCAGUCUAAUGGUGAUAUAUUACUGUUUUAUGUCGAUGAAAAUAAUAGUCAAGAUUCUGGUGGAAUAGGGAAACUAGAAGAUCUAGGUGACCAUGAAGUGGUUGAAUUUCAAGAAAGCGACUUUGUGUUUGCUAAUGUUGAAGAAUCAGUAGACGAUUACACUAUAAACAAUAUACAGACAAAGAUACAAAUAAAUGAAGAGUGGCAAGAAGAAGAUGUACAUAAGUUACUCAAGUUAUAUGUUGAUAACUUAGAAAACAUUGAAUCUGGUACAACAACAAAUCAACAAUUAUGGGAAAUAGCUUGUAGGACAAUAUUCAAAGAUAAAGAUCCAACACUAUGUGAAAUUGGACUACUUAGUCUUAAACAAAAAUAUGCCGAAAUACUUGCAAAUUAUCAAAAAAAAGGAGUAUUAGAAGCAUGGCCUUAUAAUGAGAUAUGCCACCGUGCCUUUCAAAAUGAUUAUUAUGUGAAAGAAUUUGUCAACGAAAGUGCAAAUAAUGAAGAGCCUGAUAAGAAUAUAAAACUAAAUGAAGCACCCAAAGUCAAUGAAGAUAGUGUUUUUAUAAUAAAUAAACCCGGAUUGGUUAGAACCUCAAAACAUGGUAGUGAUGAAAAAGUUGAACAUAUGCUAAAUUUAUACUUGAAGUAUAAAGAUGCAUAUCAUAAGAAAAACUUGUAUAAAAGUAUUUGGAAUAAAAUCGCAAUGGAAAUGGGUGAAGAAGAUGCAGAAUAUUGGCAUAAACGCUUUCUUAAUUUCAAACAGCACUACAUAAGGAUGUUACAUAGGCGUUAUGAAGUUGGUCCUGAUAAAAUUAAUUGGCCAUACAUGAAAAUAUUUGAUCAAAUCUUUGAUGGUGAUGAAAGAUUUAAAAAUAAAUAUGCAGCCAGACCUACUGAUGAAAUAAAUAACCAAAAGGAAGAUAAAAACUUCAAUGAAACCGAGAGAACAGUAUUAGUGAAGUAUUGUUUUGAUUGUUUCCACGAAUUUCAAGAUUCAACAAUACCAAACAAAUUCUUAUGGCACGAAAUUGGACGGUUAUUGGAGAAAAAUCCUGAAUUAUGUAAGGAGAAGUAUAGAGAAAUGAAAAGUGAACAUUUUAAAACUUUAAUGAAUGGGGAAUAUGAUAUAAUGAAUAGGAUUCCAACAGCAAUUAUACUUGAUAAUAUAAUUGCCCGCGAAAAUGAGACAGAGUUGAAAAAUCCACGGAAAAAUGAGGAAUAUGGACCAUGGAGUAUAGGAAAAAUAGAUGAGUUAGUACAAUUCUUCUUUGAUAAUAUGGAAUUAUUUAAAGACUCUGUUUGUUAUUAUGUCUGUUGGUCUAUGGUUGCGGAGAAGUUACAGAAAAAUAUGCACAGUUGUAAGAAGCAAUGGGAAAAAUUGACUGCAUUAUAUAAAUCUAUAUUAGAAGAUAAAAAGGAGAACCCAGAUUUGCAAAUAAAUUGGAAAUACAUUGAUGUAUUUGAUCGUAUUUUUGACUAUGGUAUGGAUAUAAAUCUGCUUGAGGGUUACGAAAAUAUUAAAAUACAUAAUGAGAAACAUGAACCAGAAAAAAUUGGUGUUAAAAAAGUACAUAUAGAUGAUGACAAUAUCGACGAAUAUUCAGAAGACGAUGAAAUGUAUGACGAAAGAGGUUUUAUGAAGCGAUCCAAACGACGUAUCGGUGAAUCCAAAGCUAACAGAAUACUGGAAUAUUAUUUAAAGAAUAAAGAAAAAUUCUCAUGUUCAUUACAAAAGAAAUUAUCACUAUGGGAAACAUUAGCGAAGCAAUUAGGAAUCACUGCGGUACAAUGUGCACAUAGAUUUAGAAAUUUGAAACAAAUAUAUACAAGAUAUAUACAAAGAGAAAUAAAUAAACCAGAUAUGCCGAUACUAUGGCCUUAUUAUGCUAUGUGUAAGAAAGUAUUUGGUUACCGAGCUAUCAAAUCUAAAUUGAAAAAUGGCAAAAUAGGUUCCGAUGACAGUGAAGAAUGGGCAGCCAGAGAAAUAAAACAACUUAUCAAUUAUUUUGCUAAUAAUUAUGAUUCUUUGCAUCAAAAUUUAGAAGAUCAUUGCAGAUGGUCGGAUUUGGCUCGUGUUAUUGGAAAGACUGAGUCUGCAUGUAGCGAGAAAUUUCUAGAAUUACGUAAAUCUUAUAGAAAAUUAACUACAAUGAAGACGAGAAAUCCAGAAAUUAAAGUGUCAUGGAAAUAUUAUAAUAUGCUGGAUGAUAUUUAUACUUCGAAAGGAAGGAAUCAAUCAAUUAAUGAAGAUUCUGAGAUUUUUAUGUGUGAUGUUGAUGAAGGACUGGAUAUUGAAAGUAUUAAGAAAGAGUUACCAGAUGAUGACGAUUUUGAAUAUAUAAUAGUUAUUCCAGAAGAUCAAGAAAUGAUAGACAGUGUUGAUGAACAAAUGUUAACACAAGAAUCUGAUAUAAAUCAAAUAGACGAGAACAUUGAAUCGAAACAAAUUAAUAAAUGGAAUAAAAAAACUAAAAAACAAUUAUUAAUAAAUUAUUUGAAAUAUUUAAGAUCACAUAAAGGAAAAGAGAUUGAUUCAAGAGAAAUGUGGAAGGAAAUAUCAUUAAAGUUAAUGAAACCUCCGAUGUCUUGUAGAAGGAUUUUAUUGAAACUGAAAAAUCAACACAGAAUGUCUGCGAUGAAUGAAGAUUUAAAACAAUCUCCUUAUUACAAAUUAAUUGAAAAGAUUCUAAAAUUAAAACCGAAAUUUGCAAAAAUUGGUAACGGAAAAAAUCUAGAAGAUAAAAAGACAUAUAAAGAUGUAGCGAUUUCUAAUGAGAAAGUCGAGAAAGCAUUAAAAUAUUAUUUGGAUAAUUUGGAAGAAUUUCUAAGUCCGAAAUACGAAAAGAAAUAUGUAUGGAUGGAGUUAGCUAAUACUAUAAACGAACCUGUAUCAAAAGUUUUUAAUAAAAUAAAUUAUAUGAAAAAUUUAUAUAAUACUGAGAAUUUAGUGGAAACGGAGUUUAUUGAAUUGAUGCAAGAAAUUUCAGCUAAAGAAGUGCUGUUAAAAGAUUUAUUAAUAACAGAUUUAAAACCUCAAAAUGAGGGUAGUUUUGAUGAAUUAUGGACCGAUGAUGAAAUAGAACAAUUGUUGACAUGGUAUUUGACACAUUUGGAUAAAUUUAAAAAUCCAAAGUAUGUCAGAAGUUAUCUAUGGAUGGAUGUAUCAGAGAUAUUAAAUAAAAGUCCAUUAAAUUGUUCUAAAAAAAUGUCAGAUAUAAGAACUGAGUAUAGAAAUAUGGUGAAAGAAUCGACUCAGGAAUUAAAUGAUUGGAGAUUUUAUAAUCUUUGUCAGAAAAUCUAUGGCACGGGAAAGAAAACAUCUAAUGUAUAGAUUUAGAUGUAUAUUAUCUAUCUCUUUCAUUUCCUUUGAAAAAAAAAGAGAACAAUAUACAGGUCAUACUGAAUUCAAGAUAAUUUAAACAUAAGCAAUUUUUUUAAUAUUUAAAUUUAGUUUUCUAGUAAUAAAAAAUUGAAAUAAAAUGACUAAGAAAUUCCAAAACUAUAUUCAUUAGAAACCGCUUAAUACGAACGCAGAUCCCAUUUGUUUAGAUGUCGUUAAAUCCGGUUUGGUCUAAACAUGAAAAAAAAAAUUAGGGACAGUUGUAGGAGACAAGUUUUAAAUGUGGCUAUUCUAAAAAGCUUGAAAUAGCAAUAUAUCUAGCGUAGAAAAACUUGAUUACAUAAAAUAUUUUUUAAG